GCUACAGGGACUGCAAGCGCUUCGGUCCACCACGAAUGCGUUUUCUCUAUCUUGCUGCUGGAAAGUUGCUUUGGUGCAUUGAGCUGCGCGCUUGUACGGCCCCGAUCCUUCGUCGCAUACGUGUGCUCCCAUGAUCGCCGUUGCACGAAGACCAUCUUGCAUUUCUAGCAGGGAUCCAUCUGAAACUUCUUUGGUCGCCAAUAGCACCAAGCUCGUACAUCCUUACGCUUCAAUAUUGGUCCGCACAGCUUGUACUAGAGCUGUAUCAAAAUGCUUGGUCCCAUGGACAAUCCCCACGCCAAGAUCGAUGAGCGUAUUCUUGUCAGUCAAACAUCAAAGCCGGUCUCUUCAGCAUGUGAACCUGUUCCGUCACAUCACGGGGCGGAGAUCGCUGCUGGAGACAAGAACAAAGACUCUAGCUCAACCACGGAAGAGCAGCAGCAGCAGAAAGCUAGUGAUGUCGACAUAGACUUGACGCACCUUCCACACAACCUCCGAUGGCUCAGACUCGAUCCCGUCUCGCAUCCCGAGGAGAUUCAAAAUGCGACACAUGCCGUGGACCUCUGGUCCGGCUUAGACUCUUCUCCGGAUCGCGAGAGAGCUCGGUCGAGCUUCGACUUCGAACUGGACCGCUCGGCAGUCGCUCCUUUAGCCAAAUGCGACGACGAACGCAAUCGUUUGCUUGCCUGGCCAAAAUUUGCCUUCUCGGAGCAUGAUCACCGCCAUCAUCGGCAGCAUCAUCAGCGCUUUCGCAGCUCAGAGCCCACCAACGAUAUCGACCGGAACUUCAUGCUGCAGUUGGGGGACAAACCGGCCUUCGCAUGCCCCUCUCACAUUCACGCACACACGAGUAGCGACAGUUCGGCGAGCGGGAGCAGCUUUGCUUCUCUAAGUGCAUACUUGCACGAUUUCAUCCUACAAGAGCGGCAACGACAAGAGGAAGAAAUGCGAGUGCCAAGCUUCGCUUCGCCGUCCAUUGCAGGUUCUGUUUCAAGCGAACCCAAUCUACCAAUGCGCCUUUCGAGCCUUCCGAUCAGCAACAAAAAUAUGAAUAGCAGCAACGUCUUUGAAGAUCGACGCUGCUUGACACCUCAAUAUUCCGCAUCGCAUUUGCCUCCCAUCCCAGUGAACUCUAUGUGUGGUAACGGCGCUUCAGCAGUCCGCGCAAGGCAAUCGGCAAACUACUCUUCCGCCCAUGGUCUUCUCAGCUUUGCGUCCUCUUCGCCACCUGCCCUGCCUACAAUUACUUCCAUGCCAGCGCAAUGGCCGGCUUCACCUUGCGGUUCCUCAAACAUUGGCGGCGAGAGCAUCGUGCAGCCCCUUACUGGCCCUCCACAUAGCUCAAGAGGAACAGCAACAGCUCGCACCGUCUUCAUCCGACUUUUCUGGAGCCGCUGCCUUUGCUCAUGCUGGCGCUCAUGUGCACACUCGCUCUGACGGGAUUUCUAAGCCUGCAAGAGCGCCCGGCAGUAGUCUCAGCAUCGGCUCUCUCACGCGGUCCAAAUCUGCGCCGAGCUCGCGCCGUGGUCUAUU